UCUUUCUUUCUUAGUUUAUUUUUGGACGUUAAACUGAUCAGAAAUGUUUGGGAAAGUGACUAUAUUAAUUCUCGCAUUAGCGACUGUUGUUCAUGCUGAUAAUCGGUUCAUGUUUAUUUUUUACUUUAAUGGAGGAAUAGCUGAAUACACAACAUCAAACUUGCAAAUGAUCAUUGGACAUCCAUCAUUCGUACGAAAUGGAGAAACCGUAAUGUUCCAUUAUAACAAUGAUCAUUCAUUAACGACACCUGAAGUUCGUGAGAUCAUUCAAGCUUAUGAAGCAAAUUCCAACUAUAACUUUGUAGUUGUUCAUUAUCCAGAUAGCAGUGAAAUUGGAUCCUUGAGUGCUGGAGGACUUGGUGACUCAAUUGGAGAUGCAUUAAUUGCUCUCUUCAACAAUGGCUAUAAUUCAGGUUUCAUGAACUUGAUUGGAUUUUCUCUUGGAGCACAAAUCAUGGCUAGAGCAUCACGUAGAGUUCAAGAUCGUUCAAAUCGUAGACAUAUUAUUGGAAGAUUGACAGGUUUAGAUCCGUUUAAUUUAGGAGCCAUUAGUAGCGUAACUGUAGGACGAUUAAGCUCAGCAGAUGCUCAACUAGUUGAAAGUGUUCAUACUGAAGGUGAGCGUAUUGGUGACCAUGAGUCACAAGGACAUGUUGCAUUCUUCGUCAAUGGUGGCUUAACUCAACCAUUCUGUACUGAUGCAUUACCUGGAAAUCGAGCAGAUUGCAGUCACAUUUUUGCAUUAGCUGUUUGGGCCGAGUCUGUUAGAUCAUCAACUCCAAUCUUUCCAGCUUUAGAAUGUGCUACAUGGAGCCGUUAUCUUGGUGGUGAAUGUAAUCAGAAUAGUGUGACAAAUCUCGGAAGAGUGUCAAACAACAUUAUAUUGAGAGGAAGCUUCUUCUUGAGAACUAAUCACUUUUCGCCAUUUUCACGUAAUACGCCAUUCCCUUAAAAUAUUGAUUGCUUUUGUUGUACUUUGGACUAUGAAAAGGUAAUAAACAAAGUUCUUUCUGAGCUUUUAUUCGCAAUGC